UACGAUUUGAUCUCAUUUGUACUUAAUCAAUAUAGAUUGUGUAAGAAAUAGAAUUCUAUGUUGUCAAUUAAAUAUGCAUGUAUGUAAUAAUAUUUUGUUUCGUACGAAUAUGAAAAUAGUUAUAGCUGAUAGGUUAAUUGUAAAGCUAUCUGAAUACAUAUUGGGAAUAUAUGGAUGAAUGUAAAGAUUAACGAAUAAUUGUGUAAUAUAAAUAAUGGAGACAGAAGAAGUUUAUAGCCUUACAAUCACUCCACCCAUUAUAUCAAGGUUUGCAGUUCAAUGGUCUGAAGACAAUCAUAUAUCAAUUCUUAAUGAGAAAGGAAUUCAUGUAUUUGAAUUUGUACCUAAUCCAAUGUCUCCUUAUUCAACCAUAAAAUUUUCAAGAUCUUUUAUUUAUGCACCGUUGAUUUUUCCCACGGAACCUAUAAUGAAUAAAAUAGAGUCUAAAAUCUGGAGUAUGCAUCGUGAAGAAAUUUACUCAUUUAUAAUGGAAGAAAGUUUGACUCCAAAAAUAUCUAAUGUUAAAGAGAUGAUGCCGAAAAUAUUGGAAUUAGCAUGGUCACCACGGAACUUACUAUUUCCAAACAAAUGCCUUCUUGCGAUAUUGACUUCAACAGGGGCUGUCUUGAUUGCUCAUAAAAUUUCCACAGAUUGGUAUCCUAUAUAUGAUUUGAGUUCUAUACGUUACAAUAUUAUAGAAGAUGAAAUUACUACAAAGCUGAAGGAUAUGACAAACCAUUCUACUUCAUUUUUAACACUCAAGAACUGUGUUCAAGCGCUACAAGCUUCAUGUAUGACUUGGAGUAGCCUCUUGGGAGAUUUUGCAUACCUUACUGUUGCUUAUCGUAAUGGGGAUAUAAUUAUUUAUAAAGUUCCAAUUAUCACAUAUUGCAGCGAAAUACCAUCUAUUAAAAUUAUGGGCACAGUGUGUUUGAACGAACAUGUCAAAAUAAAUGCUUUGCAUUGGAUUACUAUCAAUGCAACAAAAUAUGUAAUUGUUCUAGCAUAUUUUGAUGGACGUAUUCAUGGUCUUACAAUGGAAAAUCCUGAUCAACUAGUUGAAUUUAAAUCAAUUGACAAAUAUUAUGAUUAUGCAGACCGUAUACCUGUUGGUACUAUAAAAACAUUUCCACAAACUGAUCUAUCUACAAAAAUUCUUAUUUCAAAAGGCAGUUUUCUGUUUCUGUUGCAUUUAACAACAAAUGGAACAUUGAAAAAUAUACAACACUUGCAAUUAGAAGGAUUUACGAUCUCAGGAUUAAUUUCCGCGAAUAUCGAUUAUGCAUUAGUUACAAUAGAAAAUAGUUUAAUGUUUGCAAUUGAUAUACAAAAGAACAAUUUUUCGAAAAUCAGCAUAAAGAAUACAUUACAACAAACUAAUGUACGUUAUUUGGGUCUUGCUCAUUCCUUAAGCCAUGCAAUUUUUGUAAAUGUAACUUCUCCAAAUACUGUAUACGAUCAUCUAGUAAACAAAGAACCCAGUAAAAUUCAUUUCUUUAUUUUAAAGAACGAAAAUUGGAAUCCGUUACUCAUUUUAAAUAACAAUAGAGAAAAAAGGUUUGAACUUUUAUGGGACUGUUUAGAAGUAAUCAGGUUGAAGGCAACAAAAGCGGAAGACCUUUCAUCCAUAUUACCAAAAAUACCAUCUAAUAUGGAAUCUUUAUCUUUGAAUGAGUUACGAAUGGCAAUGUGGAUAUCUAUAAUGAUAGAAAUCUGUGAGAAGAAGAAAGUAAUUCAAGGCAUAGGAAGUAUUACGGGAGAAGUAUCAGAAGCGCAACCUUUAAUUUUCGUUUAUACAGUUUGUAAUUACCUCGAGCAAUUGAGUGAUAGUUCACCUUUGAGCCAAGAACAAAAGCUCUCUAUAUAUUUACUAAAAAUGUACUUGGAAGUUUAUUUAGCAGGAGAAGAAAAUGAAGAAGUUACUCCGCUUGCCAAACGUGCUGGAGAUGUUCUACAAAAAAUUUCGCAAUUCGAUACAAAUAAAGUAGAAUCUUGUAAUUUAUGUGGCGAAGUAAUAAAUGAUCUAUCUUGGAAAAUUACUAAAUGUUCACAGGGUCAUAUACUACCUAGGUGUGCUAUUACUUUAUUGCAAAUAACUGGAAUACAUUAUAGAGUAUGUCGAGUUUGUGGCUUAAUGUUUCAUCCUUGUUUGGAUCAAGUGUUUGAGAAAACGAGAUGCCUUUUUUGUGAUAUACCUGCACAUCAAGAGAAUCGAGUAUUAGGUUCAAAGUCUUCUGUUUCUUUAGGGAAAAGUUUGUCUAGACAAGGGAUUUGUGCUUCAGAAAUAUCAGAUGAUCGACAACUGGAAGCCCUUACCGAAGAAUCUUAAUGUAUGUACUUACAUACAUUAACAUAGCUGUAAAUAUUUCAUAUGUGAUAUACUAUUUUUAAAAUGUCAAGUAAUUUGUAAAAUUGUAUUUUCGUUUUAUAAUACACAUUAUUACCCACAAAUGACU